AUGCGGGACGUCCUGGCUGCGGCUUUGCUCGUGCCAACGCUUGUCACCGCCAAUCUCUUCGGCUUCUCGUCACCAGCCGGUCAAACUGCGCAAUAUGAAACAUCGCAGUACAACUCGUACUCACCGCAACUUUCCUACAAUCCAUCGCAAUUUCAGUCACAGCGCCCAUCAGCAGCCGGCGAACAGCCCGCUUUCGUGACCGAGCACUCGUAUUCGACGGAAGCGAGUUACCAGACGAACCCAUUCCUGCAAUAUCUUCAACAACAACAACAACGACAACAAAUCCAAUCUUCAUCCCCUUCAUCAUUCUCGAGUUAUCCCGAUCAGUCAGCGAUUGAGCGAUACGCCCAAGCCACUCAAAUGGCUACACAGCAAAUCGCGCAAGCACAAGCCCAAGCAGCCGCUCAAAUGCAAGCACAACAAGCGCAAGCAGCUCAAGCUCAAGCUCAAGCCCAGGCUCAAGCUCAGGCUCAGGCUCAAGCCCAAGCUCAGGCUCAGGCUCAAGCUCAAGCCCAGGCUCAGGCUCAAGCCCAAGCUCAGGCUCAGGCUCAGGCUCAAGCCCAGGCUCAAGCUCAAGCUCAAGCUCAAGCUCAACAGCAGGCUCAGCAAGCUCAACAAGCUCAACAGAUGCACUCGUACGCGAAUUAUCUUCCAUCAUCUCAACAACAACAACAGCCAAAUAUCUACCCACCUGCCCCUCAACAAUCACAUCAACAACAGGUAGCUGCAGCCUCGGCAGCCGCAUCAGCUUUCGUGAACUCGGCAAGCCAAUACGCUUCUCAAUAUGCUCAACAAUUCGCUCAAAGUACCCAGGCUCCACCCGUUCAAAUCGAUCACACAAAUCUUCAAAAGUAUUCGCAAUAUUUGGAGAUUCUCCAGAAACAUUACGGGAUUCAAUUGCCCGGAGCGCUUUCUACACACCCCCGUCCCGUGACCGCCUCUCCAUUGGCGAUCGAGUUCGGCUCUCCGCAAUCUCCAACUUCUGAAUCUCAAUCACAAUCCCCAUCUGCAAUCCCACAAACACAACCACAAUCACCGCAAAAUCCCCAGACACAGAUCCCUGGAUACUUGCCUCCACAACAGCCACCACUUUCCUCAUAUCCGAGCUAUCAAUCACAAACGGGACAACCCGUGAACCCAACAUAUUCACAGCUUCAACCACAACAAUUGCAACAGCAGCAGCUGCAACAACAACAAUUGCAACAACAACAAUUGCAACAACAGCUACAAGCAGCGCAGGCUCAAGCUCAGGUUCAACCCCAGCCUCAACCUCAAUCCCAACCCCAACCCCAACCCUCAACCUAUCCGAAUGCUGCAACAAUGGCUGUGGCUCAACAAGUCGCUCAACAGGGGACGUCAAAUACCUAUUCGAGCAACACUUAUCCACAGAAUCAACAGUCUUCCUAUCCGCAAGCCCAAUCCGCCUCGCCGUACUCGUCGUACGCCUCGCAAAUGGCCGCACAACAGCAACAGUUGCAGCAACAACUCCAGCAACAACUCGAUCGUCAACAGCAACAAAUCCAACCGCAAUCCGCCUACCCACAACCGGUUUCGCAACCCGCUCAACCCCCAACAAAUUAUCAACAACCAUCACCACAUCAGUCGAAUCCUGGAUUGUCCGGCUUUGCCACGCAUGAACAACAAGCGGCUGCUCAGGCCUACGCAGCUCAACAGGCAGCUGCAAACUACGAGCGGUAUGCUACUGGACAACCGGCUUACCCCACUCAGGCACCGGCUCCCACCUAUCCACGACCUGCUGCGCCAGCACCCUAUCAGCCUCAGGUUCAACAAAAUUCGUAUCCAGGCUCUCCACCAUCAUACGGCCUUCAGCCGAGCGCCUCCAGCGGAUACUCGGCUCCACAACCCGUUCGACCCUCGUAUCCACCGCCAACGGCCGCACCGCCACCACCAGCGGCCCCAUAUGAGCAACCGAUGCAACCGUAUCAUCCGCCAAGCAACUAUGGACCGGCUCCAGCACCGGCAGUGCAACCAUCUGUUUACCCAACCUAUCCACAGCCGGAGAUCGAUGGAAAUCAGGUGAUCGAAGAGGAGACAAUUGACCAAGAGCCAUUACCCUACGAGCCCCCGCAGACUCCAUUCCAACCCUAUCAACCACCCCCACCACCACCGCCGACCACAAAGAGACCACCGCCACGACCAGUACCACCAAGAACGAUGCCCCCAGUGGCCGCCACUCAACGACCACGAACAAUGCCACCGGCAGUGAGAACCACCCCACCUCCAGCGGUUAUUCGAACGACGGCCCGCCCCAUGCCACCGCCAAGGCCACCAAUGCCUAGACCAGCUCCAAGCAAACCAGACGUGGCUCCGACUACGACGGAUAAUACAGCUGGAACCACUGUGCAAGCUUUAACACAACAGAUUCGGCGAUUACCGGUGGUGAUGUAUGUGGACUCUCGAAAGGAGAGCUCGUCUCGAUUGGAGAAUUUAUUGAGGGAUACAUACGGACUGCCGCUCGUCUCUUUUUAUGUGGAUAAGAUCGAUCGACCGGCCACCGUGCAAAGGCAUCUCUCGCAACUCACCGCCCACAAGGGACUACCCUAUCUUUUCAUUUGUGGAACGUUUAUUGGAAGUGAUCAACACAUCGAAAACUAUCACAAAAACGGUCAAAUCCCGCAACUCGUCGAGUACGUUUGCGGAGAGGACAAGAAGAAAUUGGGAAAAGAGAAGAAAUCGAGACAG